AUGCAAGCGAACACAACACGGGGCUUCUUGUGGUCGGAUGUAGAGACGAGGACCUUGUUGAACAUCUGGGGGGAUCAGGACAUCCAGACGGCUCUAGAUGGAAACUUCCGAAACAGCUUCGUGUACCGAGACGUCUCCCGGAGGCUGGGAGUGAUGGGUUUUGAGAGGACACCCGAACAAUGCAGGGUGCGAAUCAAAAGCCUUAAAAGGCAGUAUUUGUUAGCAAAAGAGGGCAAUCUACGGAACAAUGGUCAGUAUCACAAGAUUUGUAAGUUUUAUGACACCAUGGAGAGGAUUUUGAGCAACCGGCCCGCACUUGACCCUCAGGAGUUCAUCGAGAGCGGGGUUGGAGGAGAGGAGGCCGGGGAUGGCCUGGAGGAGGACGGAGAGGAUGCUCAGGAUGGAUACUCAGAGAGCACAGGAGAGUGUCCUUACCCUGCUGAGACUGAAGUGAAGCUGGAGUACCCAGCUGUUCCCAUCUCUGUUCCUGUUAAAGUCACAGUUGGAAACAGUAAGUUCUUCUCCUAUGUCUGCUGAACUGUCAAAUCUGCCUUGUUUCAUGGAUUCAUUAUAGGGGAGAGUGGGCUAAGUUGAGCCAAAGAGGGUAAGUUGAGUCACCCCCUGUUGCAGAAAUUGAUCAAUUGAUGGGCAUCAAUUCAUGGAGUCUGUGAAGGUUAGAAGCACAUGGGUAAAGGGCUUAGACAUUUAUUUCCAAAAUAACAUUUUUCACUCUUGAAAGUGAAUUUAGUCUGUCAUAAGAUUUAUUAGAAUUGUGUUCAGACCAAAAAAGAUCAUUUUAAAUUUGUUUUAUACAUCAAUUGUGGUAACUAUGAGCUACAACAUUAGGGUCAAAAACCUAAGAGUCAGUGGCUCAACUGAGAAAGUAAAGGAGUCUGAUGAGAGGAUCAGAGUUUCAGUUCAGAAUGUUGAAAUGUGUUACUGUUUCUUUUCAAAUAUACAGCAAUGAAUGUUCUGAAUCAUUAAAGACAUUCUCAUGUUAAAAUGGCUUUUUACAAAACAGCUUUUUGGCAGUUAUGUGCAAUAAUUAUAAUAAAAAAUAAUUAUUUUACCUCUUAAAUAGUGUAUAAUAGAUAAAAAUACACAUGAAUGUGAAGAAGUGACUGUUUUUCAGGGAGAGAGAAGGUGAGGGAGGGCUGGGGUGGAGAGUGGGGGGGUAGUUGGGAUACGGCUCAACUUACUCCGCUCCCAUGGUCAACUUAACCCAUACACGGGGUAAGAGACCACUUUUUUUUUGACAUGCUAUAUUAUCAAGACAGUUAUGUUUACACUCAUUCUGUUGGUUUGCAGGGAUAAACAACAUCUCGAAGUAUAUGCAGAUUCAUUAGUUAGAGAUAAAACUAUGAUUGCCUUGAUGUAGUGAUCAGAAAUAUUACCCCACUCUCCCCUAUUCAUUUAUUUAUUGUACGUGGUCAAAGAUGUGUCUCAAAAGUUCUAACCCAUCUCUACCCCAGGCACCUCAACACGAUCCCAACACAGCAGCCAGCCAGCCAGCAGUUUGUCAGCCAGAACACCAAAACGUCCCAGAAAGCGGCGCUCAAACUUCCCAAUGGAGAAACUGAUGGAGCAGUUCCUGGAGCAGAGCGCCCAGGCAGAGGACAACUUUUACCGCAUUGAGGAGCAGCGCCUGCAGGCAGAGGACCGGCGCAGAGAGGUGGAACACACCAGGGAGCUUCAAAUGCUGCAGAUGCUCGGUCAGAUGUUUUCAAGUAUCUCCUCCACAAGACCCGGGUCUGCGGCCUCUUCCUCCAAAGCAUCUCCUCCUGCCCGCGCUCCUGUGUUCUCCGGCACCUCCUCUUCGUGUACACACGCAAAACCCAGCCAUCAUAAACAUUCCUCGCCCCAGAGAGACUGCUUCACCCGACAAAGUCAACUUUCAAGUCCUGAUCCUCAGGCAUUAGGUAGUAGUGGGUGCAACCUGGAGGCGGAGUGUGCAAAGACUAAACAGAAAUGUGUGAUAAAUGAAGCUAUGACUCUAUUUGACUUUUUUUCCUGUCGUUAGGUUGUUUGGUAAUGAAUCUCUUUCGCCACUGUAUCAAAAUUUAUGUUUGUUUUCUGUGUAUUUGUUGCUAAACAUUGGUCAUAAUAUUUCUAUGGGAGGAUAAAAUGUUAUUUAGACAAUAACUCUUGCCAAAUAAGUAUUCCACACUUGGAAACUAAUGCUUUCUCUGUUUUCUUAGUGUUAGAACGCCACUUCAGUUUGGGCUCCACAUCACACAGAGGCAUGGAUGAUGACUUCCUGUCACUUGUAAAGAGCAUAGUCCCUCCACUGACAUCUAAAAAGCACAAAGGGCAAGAUGGACGUAUUGGGAUCAUUGGAGGAUGCCAAGAGUAUGGUGCACAAACUUGUCCACAAUAGAAGCAUCAUUCACUUGUUCUUUAUUCAACACAACACUUACUCUUAUUCUUUUAAUCUCCAACCCUUAAAGCUAUACAGGAGCUCCAUACUUCGCUGCUAUCUCAGCAUUAAAAGCAGUAAGUAGUAAUUUGACCGUGCUUCUUAAAGAUUUAUCCUUAAUAUUACUAGAAAUUAUCUUUAUCAUGUGGUUCUCUCAUCUCCAGGGGGCCGACCUGUCCCACGUAUUCUGCACCAAAGAUGCUGCAACUGUAAUAAAAUCAUACAGCCCUGAGCUCAUAGUCCACCCUGUUCUGUAAGUACUGAUCUUCCUGGUCUAAAUAUAUUUGGUAACAUGUCUCAUAUCACUUUGACAGUUCUUUGAGAGUUCUCUUGCACUUUUUUGGUCAAACUGACCAGCAUCCAAUGUGGAUUACACACAUGCUGUUGACAAGUACCUCAUACCAUUCCCUCUUCUAAUAAACAAACAAGCUCUGUUAGCCUGAAACUGCACUUUGAUUGUCGAGCUUUUUGAAUACUUGGUGCUGUUUGACCAAAACUGUAGUAUUAGAAAAGACUAGUGUCUUUUGAAAGCAAAACAGUCCUACUGCACCCUUGACUACAUAAAAAUCACAAGGUACGAUUGUGUUGUAGAAGAUGUGACAUUAUGAUGUACAGUAUAUUUGAUUUUAUGCCAUAGAGAAACUUGCUGAAAUUUAAUGUCAUAUCAACAAUUACACCACAAAAGCUUUUUUAAUAUAUCUUUUUAAAAAUACAAAUGCAUUCAAACACUGUGCUAUAGAGGGCUGGUGCAUACUCUUUUAUUUUGAUAUUUGGUCCUCUAUUUUUCUUUUUUCAAUCAAAACCAGGGUGAUAAUUUAUGUGAUAUAAUAGGGAAAUAACAUCAUCACCCAUAUUCAUACCCCUCUCUCUCUCUUUUUGAAUGUAUGUGUUUGUAUCUAGGGAUAGUCCUAACGCAGUGGAAGAAAUAGAAAAAUGGCUCCCAAGGCUGCACAGCCUUGUAGUUGGACCAGGACUAGGCAGAGAAGACCUCUUACUGAAAACAGCAAAGGCACGUGGAAUACAUUUAAUCUCCCCUUUCACUUACGACCUUUUCCUUUGACAAGCUGCCUUUACUUAACCACAGAAACAAGCUCAGGCCAAGUUUGAAAGUUAUUUAAUAGGAUACUGUGAGGGAUUUGAGCUGAAAAGCACAACUCCUCAUGUUAGAGGCCGUCUGACUAUUAUCUGUGAAAUUCUUAAUUUGAUUUUCUGAGAACUCAUGAAUUGCUGAUUUUGUGGGGAGUCAAACAACUCAAAUGGAAAAUAGCAGCUUUCUCAGAGAGACACACAUUGAGAACUUUGCUCAAAACUUCAGCCUUUUGUUAGUAAAGAAAUCUGCAAAGCUGAAACUAAGAAAUCUUUCCAGCCAAAAGAGUUGGAAUUUUAGUCUGUUUUUGAUUCAAAGAAAGCAAAACAUUUUCUACAUUUAUAGAGAUUUAGAUCAGAUAAAAAAGAACACAACUAAAUACUUUUGGGCAAAUGUAGCAUAAGUGUCUCUUGAUGACAUUUGAGUAUACCUUUUGAAAAUAAUUUUUCCUCUCUUCUUUCAGGAGGUGAUAGAAAAGUCAAAAACAAGAGAUAUCCCUAUAGUCAUUGAUGCAGUAAGUCUCAAUGGUUCCAGCUGUUGAACAGAUGGGAUAUUAUAUGGAAAGCUACUGUAUAUGCAAUUACUGAGUAUGUGUGUGUGUGUGUGUGUGUGUGUGUGUGUGUGUGUGUGUGUGUGUGUGUGUGUGUGUGUGUGUGUGUGUGUGUGUGUGUGUGUGUGUGUGUGUUGUUUGUUUUCAUCAGGAUGGAUUAUGGCUAGUUACACAGCAACCAUCUGUUAUUCAAGGGUACCAAAAGGGCAUCCUCACUCCUAACUUCAUGGAAUUCACCCGUCUGUACGAGGCACUGGUGGGUCUCUCAGCAGAGUCGAGUCUAUUCUGCAUGCAAACAUAAACAGCAUGCAUGUUAAUGUGUGUGUAUUUUUGUGUCGCAUGUUUGUUGCUGCCUCAGCAUCAUGAGCCCAUGGACAGCGGUGAUCAUCAGAGUCAUGUCCUGCAGCUCAGUGCAGCCAUGGGGAACCUAACUGUGGUGCUCAAAGGAGAGCAAGAUCUGAUUUCUGACGGCAGUAAAGGUUCGUAUUGCAGACAGUAAAAAAUAUGAUUCAACAAACUCCACAACAUGGAUCAACACUCAGAUGGGAUUUCUAAUAAGUCUUGAGCUGUUUUUCUUCAUUUUUCAGUUGUUGCAUGCAGCCUGGAGGGCAGUGGGAGAAGAUGUGGUGGACAGGGUGAUCUUCUAUCAGGAUCUAUGGGAGUUUUGGCACACUGGGCUCAGGCUGCAUCUGCAUCUGGAGUGAUCAGAAGGUAAAGGCACAACCUCCCUUUUUUGUAACAGGCAUACAAGGUAGUGCAAAGUACAACUGGGAGAACCAUAUGUUUGUUACUGUAUAUAUUACCAGCAAAACGUGUGAACAGAAUGGAAAUGAUUUGGUUUGAGCUAAUUGAAGCGCAUUUCAAAAAGCCACUUGAAGGGUGCUAAAGCCUAUUCUAGUGAACAAUGAAUCGACUUUGAUACAAAAUGUAAAACUAAAACAGUAAGUCUACUUGUCUGUCACAUUGGUAUGUCAAAUAAAAAUGUUAUAUUCAACCAAACGGAUAUAAAAGAAUCUGAAAUCUUUCAAGAAAAAAGGCAUCAGGCUUGUUCUAAUAGAGUUUGCGCCUCCUUGUCUUCUGUGAUAAGGAAUGGGUUAACUUUGGUCUCUUUAAAUGUCUGUCAAUACAAGGCAAUACACUGAAUGGAAUUUUAUAGAUUAAAGAUCAAGAAAACAAAUUCAGAUUAAAUUAGGAAAUCUUAAGUCUCCAGUUGAAUGUUUUGUUUUAUGCCCAUGCUGAUGCAUCAGUAACCCAUCCUUUGUUUUUGCCUGCAGUGUAAAUCCAUCAGUGGUUGCAGCAUUUGGGGCUUGUUCUCUAACAAGGCAGUGCAACAAUCAAGCAUUCCAGCAACAUGGCCGGUCCACCACCACAUCGGACAUGAUCCAGGAGAUUGGCUUGGCCUUCAAAAAGCUUUUUGAAAGCUGA